AGAUGCUAGAUGUUACAAGUUGGAAUAAGAAGGACAUUCGACCUCCAGCUUUCUAGACCCUUUCCUCUUGACCGUUCGAUUUGAUUACUCGGGAAAAUCAACGGUUCUAAAUUAAAUAAACUAAAACCAAAUAAAAAACUAAUAAACGUGUGGAGGUGGCAGUGAUAAUUACAAAGAAACACAAAAGCCAAAUCUCCCACAAACUCUCCCAAUUAAAAUCAUUUUUAAAAAAUCAUCAGAUUCGAAAUUCAUUACAGAGGAGGAGAGAGUUCUUCUCAUGGAGUUUACUAACAGAAUCUGAUACGGAAGACAAGAGAUCAAAGCUUUAUUACAGGUUCGACAGAGCACACGUGGCAACCAACAAUGUCUGCGGAGACCAACAUCCCAAGUUACUGGCUGAACUGGAGAUUCUUCCUCUGCGCGAUCUUCGUCUUAACGUCUCUCUUUCUAUCUUCUUUCUUAAUUUGGAGAUACGAAGGACCUGGAAAACGCAGGAAACGUGGAGGUGGUCAUGAUCAUGAUCAAAGAGAAGGAACAGGAGUUGUGUACGAUGAUGAAACGUGGAACACGUGUGUGAGAAGGAUUCAUCCGAACUGGCUUUUAGGUUUUCGAGUUUUCGGUUUUGUUACUCUUCUUGGACUCAUCUCUGGUAAUGCUAUUGCUGAUGGAGCUGGCAUCUUCAUCUUCUACACACAAUGGACUUUCACAUUGGUCACAAUCUACUUUGGGGUUGCAGCCUUGAUGUCCAUAUACAAAUUUAGAUCUGGUGAUAACUAUCAGAACGGAGUUAGUACUGUAGAUGAAGAGCAAGGGUCGUAUAGACCUCCAAUUCAUGGCGAAAACUCGAAUGUGUUUAAAGCUUCUAACGGACACGAGAGACAUAAUAGGUCAACACGUCAACUAGCUUCUACAUUGGGUUACAUCCAUCAGAUUCUUUUUCAAACUUGUGCAGGAGCUGUAUUGCUUACAGAUGGUGUGUUUUGGUUCAUUAUCUACCCUUUUCUCACUUCCAAAGAUUUCAAUCUUGACUUUUUCAUUGUGAUUAUGCACUCAGUCAACGCUGUUUUCCUCCUCGGUGAAACUUUCUUGAACUCUCUUCGGUUCCCAUUGUUCAGGAUAUCAUACUUUGUGGUAUGGACCGGUGUAUUUGUUAUAUUCCAAUGGAUUGUUCAUGCUUGUGUCUCUUUCUGGUGGCCAUACCCAUUCUUGGACUUGUCAUCAUCCUACGCCCCUUUAUGGUAUGCCGCCGUUGGGUUGAUGCACGUACCGUGCUUUGGUGUCUUUGCGUUGAUCGUGAAGUUGAAGUACAUGUGGCUCUCAAAAUGUUUCUCAGAAGAACCACAGUAACACAUAGCCUAUAUACACGAAUGGUUGGUUAUAUUCUUGAACAGAGUUCAAAAAUUUAUACACUAUCAUGUACAGAUACAGGUUCUUUCCUGCCUUCUGUAUCAAUUUUUUUUGUAAAUGACAUUCAAAGUUCCUGUUGAAGGAACAUAUAAAUCACUUAGACGGUCACCAUGAUUAUUUUUAUGAAUAGCCUGAUGAACA